AUGGCUUCCGGACAUCAUUUCUCCCCUCCAGAGUGCUUAUGUUCUUGGCAGACUCACAUCUCCGAUAAUACUCUGGUUGCAACUGAGGUAGCACAUUUCAUGCAUAAACUUACAUCACAAGAGGAAGGUUUCUUCUCACUCAAACUGGACAUCAGUAAGGCCUAUGAUAGAUUGGAAUGGCCUUUUCUACAUGCCAUGUUAGUGAAACUGGGUUUUUUAGCUCAAUGGAUAUCUAUGGUAAUGAGUUGUGUCACUUCAGUCAGUUAUGCCAUUCUUGUACAGGGUGAGCCAUCUAACACUAUACACCCUACCCGAGGUAUCCGGCAAGGUGAUCCCUUAUCUCCCUACUUAUUUACCCUAUGUGCUGAGGGUUUAUCAGCACUCAUAUCUCAGGCAGUUGACUCUGGGGAAAUCAAGGGCCUUAAAAUGUGUCCUCAGGCUCCAAUAUUGCAUCAUUUAUUCUUUGCGGAUGAUAGUCUCUUAUUUGGAGCAGCUACCUUGGAAGAAUGUCACACUUUUCGACAUAUUUUAAACACAUAUGAAAGAGCUUUUGGACAGAAAAUAAAUUUCCAGAAAAGCAGUGUGGUUUUCAGUAGGAAUGUUCAUGCUGAUAUUCAAGCACAAGUUUCUGCUAUUUUGGAGGUCAAGUGCAUAACAGAACAUGACAGAUAUCUGGGCCUCCCAUUGCGAGUGGGUAAAUCAGAACAUGACAGAUAUCUGGGCCUCCCAUUGCUAGUGGGUAAAUCUAAAACUCAAAUUUUUCAGUAUAUCAAGGAUAAAGUGUCAAAGAAGCUGGAGAAUUGGAAAGCUAAAAUCCUCAGUUGUGCUGGCAAGGAGAUUUUGAUUAAGGCUGUUGCUCAAACUAUGCCUUUAUAUGCUAUGAACUGUUACUUAUUGUCGAAGGGAUUGUGUGAUGAUGUUCACAAGUUAUGUGCCUCUUUCUUUUGGGGUGAUACAGAGGACAAAAAGAAGAUUCAUUGGAGAAGUUGGGAACGUUUGUGUCUUACAAAACAAGAGGGAUGUAUGGGUUUCAAAAAUUUAUAUACGUAUAACCUUGCCAUGUUAGCCAAACAAGGCUGGAGAAUUGUCACAAACCUUUCAUCGCUUAUUGCCAAGUUGUACAAGGCUAGGUAUUUUCCAAACUGUGAUUUUUGGCAAGCAGAGUUAGGUGAUGCACCUUCUUUUUUGUGGAGAAGUAUUCUUGCAGGUAGACCUGUGCUCAAGGCUGGUACUAGAUGGCGCAUCGGGGAUGGUACACAGAUUAAUAUAUGGAAUGAGUCUUGGAUACUAAACUGCUCACCGUGCCUUGUUCAGAGACCAACUCACUCUCCGGUUGAGAUGGUGUCUGAUCUUAUUGAUGCGUCUACUAAACAAUGGAUUCCUCCCAUUAUUCACGGGAUUUUUCAACCUUCAGUGGCAGCCAAAAUUCUUAGUAUUCCUCUAGCACAUUGGAACGGAAUUGAUAAGCACUAUUGGUAUCCGAUCGUCGGGGUUGGUACACAAUCAAGAGUGCUUACUGGCUUGCUCGGCAAUAGGUUCUUGGCAAUGCCCUAG